AUCUUGGCGAACCGGCUCUCGAUCCCGUGCUGCAUAUGGAAUUGUGUUUGUCAUGAGUCGUUGUGCACCUGCCAGGUGUCAUGAAGAAGUCUUUCAUAUGUUCACAGACCUCCCAGCCAGUAUACUGCAAGCACCUUCAGAUUAGAGCAUCGGGAUAGCGCUCUGGACGAUGGAAUCAAUUACGGCAUUCCCACCUCAACCAAACAUCGACAGUACGCCAUCAUGGAAAGUGGUCAAGCAAGACAUGGAGCUAUCAAAACUUCAAGCACCAGAGGUCAAGACCUUUGUCUAUCGUGCUUUCGCAGCAGUGAUCUGGGCCUACACUGGUGACAAGACCAUAAGCUUUGUGGCAGCGACUUGCUCUCAAUCUGGGCUUCGAGACAUCGCAGUGCAUGAAUACCAACAGUCUGAAGCAAGUCCGGAUGAAAGAGAUUUUAUGUUGAUUGGCAAAACCGCACUGGAAAGACUUCCAAGCAGUAGAAGCAUACUCAUCCACCUCUGUGACGAUCAUGCCACCUGCACUGAGCAACUUUCUCUACCACCGGAUAACGCACUACAGCUCUCCUUCCAAGUGAUCUCGGAAGGCCGUUUUGUCCAAUUUGCAGCUCGAUUUGACCAGUCAUCUCUGGACAGAUCUCAUGUGAGAUCCUAUCUGCAAGUCCUGGUAAAUGCGGCCAAGGCACUCCAGUCAGCUACAAUGCCUGGAGUGCUGCGUGUGGUCAGCGAAAUUUCUAUGAGCGACAAGAACUUCAUCCAGCAAUGGAACGGCGAGCCCCAGAGACUCAUCUCGGAAUGCAUACACGACCGCAUAAGUCGCAUCUUUACCAGCGACAGCGGAAAAAUUGCGGUAGAGUCUUGGGAUGGUCGCCUGAGUCGAGAAUAUGUUGAGCUAGAGUCCAGCUCUAUUGCUACGCUCUUAGUCAACGCCGGAGUACAACCUCAGCGAAGUGUCGGAAUUCUUAUGCACAAGUCAAAGUCUGUUCCCACAUGCAUGCUCGGCGUUCUCAAGUCAGGAGCGGCAUUCAUAUUGACGGAUCCAGCGUUGCCACGCAAACGAUUGGAGACGAUCAUUAAGAAGCUCUCAAUUGAGCAUGUUCUCACAACGAGAUCGCACGUACACCUCAUUCAUGAUCUGGUGCCAUCGGUGUUCGUCGAGAUUUCGCAAGGUCACUUCGCGGCAGCAUCGCCUGAUGAGAGACAGCGAGUCUUCAGCACACGCAGUACCACGAAGCUACCUCACGUUUCUCCUUCGAGCGUCGCUUUCUACAUUUUCACCUCUGGUAGCUCUGGUAUCCCAAAGGCUGUAGAGAUCUCCCACGCUGCAUUCGUCACCUCGUGCGAAGAGAACAAUCAGUGUGGGAUCUACGAGAGCACAAGGACCCUGCAAUAUGCGUCUUAUAACUUUCUUCCGUCGAUAGUCGAAAUUCUUGGAACCUUCAUGGCUGGAGGCGUACUAUGUAUACCUGGUCCAGAGGAACGGAUGGACAACUUGUCCGGGGCUAUACAGCGCUUGCAGCCGAGCUUGGUGUGUUUGACUUCUUCAGUAGCAAGUGUGCUCGAUCCGGACGAAGUGAGCAGUGUCAAAGAAUUGAUGCUAUUGGGAGAGCCACUACAGCGAACAACGGCAGCUACAUGGCUCACGUCGCAGACUACAGUCCUGCGUCACGGAUACGGCCAGAGCGAAGCUGGUGGGCAAUGUUGCGAUAUAGCCUUGACCCAGUCAAGUCGCAGCUACAGGGUGAUUGGAAAUCAUAGUCACCUCAAUUUCUGGAUCGUUGACCCCUCGGACCAUAAUCGCUUAAUGCCAGUUGGUGGCAUAGGAGAAUUACUCCUGGAAGGUCACUCUUUGGCGACUGGGUACUACGAAGAACCCGCCCUCACCUCUGCAGUCUUCAUUUCUGCACCUUCAUGGGCGCACACGUUGAAUGCAGGUACCGACGGUCGUAGAUGGUACAAGACUGGCGAUUUGGUCCAGUAUCAGGCAAAUGGCGAUAUCGUCCUCUACGGCCGGAAGGACUUCCAGCUCAAAGUGAAUGGCCAACGCGUGGAAAGUACAGACAUUGAGCAUUAUAUCAAAGCCGCCUGUCCUGAUGAAGUCGAACAAGUGGUCGUUGACAAGCUGGGUCCCGAGCAUGAUCAGAAGCUCACUGCAAUUGUGAAGCUUCAAGCGGACAUCGCAUCGACUCUAAUGGCACCUUCCACUUUCCGUGCUAUAAUGUAUGAAAGCUUGAAGAAUCUGGUGCCGGCAUACAUGAUACCUUCAAAAGUAGUCUUCACUGCAGAGAUGCCAAAGACGGCGACUGGGAAGCUCCAUAGGCGAGCGCUCAGGCAGCAAUUGAACUGUUCCGGGGAGGAGCACGUCUUGGCUCAAGAAGUAGUACGGACAGGUGCCACUCAGUUUGAAGAUCCUGGAACUGACCUCAUACGUUCAUUGUGUAGCAAGGUGCUGAAUUUGGGCGACAAACCAUUCACUGCAGAAAGUGACUGGAUCUCACUCGGAGGAGACUCGCUAUCUGCUAUACGUUUCAUUAAGCACGCCAGAGAUCUAGGCUUCCGUUUGUCAACAACAGAUCUGAUGAUGGGACGAAAGCUGUCUGAGCUGUGUUGUGGCAGACGACCAUCAAAUGUGCCCUCCACAUCCGUGGGACAGUGUUCGCUGGGGACUGCCCAGCUUUUCCCGCUAACAGAUUUUCAACGCAGAUAUCUACCUCUGGUCAACGGUUCUACCCCAGGCCUCCUUUGCAAGUACGAAUUGUCAUUUCGUGGGCGGAUUGAUAGCCAAAGACUGCAAGAAACUGUCUACCGCUGGAUUGAAUCGAUCGAUGCCUUGCGCCUGUCCUUCUCAUCAGACAGUGGACAUCUAGUACAGAGCUUUCUAAGCCCGUCGAGCAGCGCAUGGCGAUGUCGCGUUGUGCUGGGAUUCGAUCGUCAAAGUGUCGCUGCACUGUCUGCUCAGCACGAUUUUCUGAAGCAUCCUGUACUUGCCAUUCUAUGCGAUACGCCUGAGCCGGGCCAAGCAGACUCCUGCCUUGUUCUGCACAUCAGUCACAGCAUCAUGGACGCCACUUCUUCCAACUACUUGUUCCAGGACUUGGUUGACAUCUAUGCCGGCCGAGCCGCUGAAGUGAGACCGAGCUUUGCGCAAUACUUGGAAGAAAGAAUGGCGCGGGAGUAUCAUACCUCCAUCGAGUACUGGAGAGCGCUUCUCGCCGGAUCAAAGCCACAAUUGUUACGCAGCGCACUUAGACCGCUCGGCGGAUUGUCCAACCAGGAUAUGGCAACAAGUACAGUAACUCAUGUGGCAAUUUUGCCAACAGGAGAUGGCCCAAAAGCGACAAUGUCAACUGUGGUCCAUACUGCCUGGUCACUCGUCUUGAGUGUUCUUGCCAAUAGUAGCGACGUCAUGUUUCUCUACCUCAGUCAUGGCCGCGAUGACAGAUUCGAAGGCAGCGACGCUGUGAUCGGAUGCUGUGUCAACGAAGUUCCAUGCAGAGUCAUUCUCGAUGAUUUAUCGUCCUCGUCGAAGGUUUUGAACAACCUUCAAGAACAAAUUAUUCAGUCCAUGGCCCAUGCUCACCUCGGCGCAAGUACCAUUGCAAACAAGUGCACCGACUGGCCUCAAAAAGAGACGAUGUACGACCACAGUAGCUUGGUGGUGCAUCAGAACGUGCCCAUCGAGCAUAGCUGGGCAAUGGGCAAAGAUGGGUAUAUGAAUUUACAAGAAGUAACAUUUGAGGAGCAGUGGAGCUACGACUUUGAUUUAUCCACAAGCUCUUCGAGUGCUAAUGAACUCUAUGUGGAGCUGAAGUGUUUGCAGAGUCUCUACACCGUCGAGGAGUUGGAAGCUGUGAUGCAAGGAUUUCUGAUCGCAGUGCGCAUGCUGAAAGAGGGCAUGCGAAACGUUGCUGAUAUCAAGGCUAACGUGCGCGCAGUGGAGCACUUACCAAUCGUGGUAUCAGCAGAGUCAGGAUCGGUACGGAUGGAACAAAGUCGCUUGUGA